AUGUCUGAAUCAAUCAUUGUCCUUAUUACUGGUGCCAAUUCAGGUAUCGGCUAUGCAACAGCUAGAACCAUUGCAUCCCAGCCGAACUACCAUGUAAUAAUGGCCUGCCGAGAUCUUUCCAGGGGACACGAGGCGUGUUCUCAACUCAAAACUGCGGGCAUUCAUGGAACGCUUUCUGUUCUUCAGCUGGAUGUUGAAGAUGACACUUCGAUCUCCAAGGCCUUCGACAUUGUUUCAAACCAAUUCGGGCGAGUCGAUGUCUUCAUCAGUAAUGCAGGCACAACUUCGCCUGGUUCUGUUGGACGGGAUAAGAUCGGAAAUAUAUUCUCAACAAACGUCUUUGGUGCGAUGCUUGCUACAGAUGCUUUCAUUCCCCUUCUGGUUCAAUCCCGCCGUCCAUGUCUGAUCCAAAUAUCAAGCAGAUUGGGCUCGCUGGCACUUGCAUCCGAUCCACAGAACGCGAAAAGUUCUGAGACGUGGGAUGAAUACCGUAUGAGCAAAGCUGCGUUGAAUAUGAUGACAAUUCAAAUGCAUAAGCGACUUAAAGACCAGAAUGUCCGCGUUUUUGCCUUUUGUCCGGGUCUUGUGCGAUCAAACCUGAGGGGUGUUUCCGAAGAAGCGGUCAGUGCUCAAGUUGAGGCGUUGGUGCUCAACCUCCGAGUCCUCAUGGUCGAUGAUAAGCAGAAUUGGAAGUCCAGCGAUGUAAUUGCAGAGGACAUGGUGACUCAAGACCAUGCGUUACCGGUCGUGAAACACCUACAAGAGCAGUUGACGCUCGCCAAUGGUCGCACCGACCCGGUCGUCUUGAAAUUUGUUCUCCCACGUGCUUCUGGAGACGUGGUCAAGGUUGGUUUUCUGCCGCAGCGACUAGAGUGUGUUGGAAGCCAUGUGAGCAAUGUCAUGAGCUUUCUCUAG